AUGGAAAAAGAAUACACACUUGACUUGGCUUUUGAUCCUCUCACUUCACCUGAAUAUAAGGUUGUUUGUGUGCAAAAGCUAGAUAGUCAGCCGUCACAUUACCAAAUUGCAAUCUAUUCAUCCAAAAAUCGUCUAUGGAGUCUCUCUCAAGAGCCUGUUUUUGUACCUAAUGAGUUAGACUUUAAGGACGGUGUCUUCUGCAAUGGUGCAAUUCAUUGGCUGGCGAGCAAAUCUACCAGAGCAUAUCUUGACUUGAAGACAGAGAUACUAAGAGAAAUGCCACUGCCUCCCAGGCGAGAGAAGGAGUCACAAUACAAAUUCAAGUAUUUUGGAAAAUCCCAAGGCUACUUGCUUUAUGUUAUUUCACGUCCUCUUUUUAACCAUUAUGAGUUAUACCAGAUGAAGGAAGAUUAUUUUGGAUGGGACUUGAAGUUUCGGGUCAAUCUCAAUGUGUUAAUUGCUAAAUUUCUAGCUAUGGCUAGGAACUUUGGGCGUCAUCCUUAUUUGUUCUCAGAGUUGGAAUGUGACGUGCUGUGCAUUAAUCAUGCUGGGAGCAAUGAAGAUAUGGAAAUUAUGCUGUCAGUGCCAGGGGAAGUCAUAUUCUUCAAUCUCGGGAAGAAAAAUCUCUUAAUAGUCCAAGAUCAAAUUAAGAGUUCUGCCCCAGCAUAUGCUCUCUCUCUUGUGGAAUAUUGGAGAGGAUCUGACAAGAGAAGACAAAAGGAGAGAUGUGAUCGUCAUGUUAAAAUCUCUAUCUCAAUAUCUUUUCUUAAAAAACAGCUAUUUGACCUGGUAUAUUGGGAAGAGUUGCUCUUUCCUUGA